UCCGCGCCAGUUUGGAUUUUGUAAAAAUCAAAAUAUUAUAUUUCGAAGCCUUCAUCAAUUUUACUCAGAAUAUGUAAAAUAUAUUGUAAAAACGGAGGCUGACAUCAAAAAUUGUGUGUAUUAAAAUGUCUGAAGAUAUAAAUGUGAUAUUCAUAAUACCACUCGAUUGUGACUCUGAAAAUGAAUGUUCUGAAGAAAUGCUGCUUGCCUUUACGGCUUGUGAACAACACUCGGGCGGUGGAGUUAAAGCCAAGUGGGUCCAUGAAUCGAAAUGGAAUAAAUUUGACGGUCUAAGUAAAAAGGAUGUGUUUGUGCUGUCAGAGUUUGAGGGGCCUCUCUUUAAUAAACUCAAAAAUUCCAAGUGUUUACUGGUUGGACCAAGAUGUUUGUCAUGUUGCUUUAUGGAAGGAACUGCAAUACCAUCUGGCCCAGAGCCAGUUUUCACAAUCGCAAUGAAGGGGUUGGUAGUCACAGCAAGUGGACUCACUAAGCAACAAAAGGAAAAUGUAAAGAGAAAAGUCCACUGGAUGGGCGGACUCUAUAAUACAGUCCUUACUGAGGAAACUACACAUCUUGUUUCAGACACUGUACUCUCCGAUAAGUAUAAUAAAGCCAUUGAGAGAGGUAUACCAGUGAUGAAGGAAAGUUGGGUGGAAGCAGUGUGGGAGACAUCGCUGCGUCUCAAUGUGAAUGGAUCAUCAAGCGAUUUUGACAAACAUAAAUUGCCACCAUUCGCCAAUCUUCAGGUGACAACAUCGGGAAUAACUAAAAAAGAGAAACAAAACAUAAUGAAGCUCGUCAAUGAAAAUGGCGGCGUAUUCUGUGGCGCUUUCCAGAGCGAGACAACAGAUGUUGUAGUACUGACAAAAGAGGGCGUAGGCAGCGAGAAAUACAAGGCUGCGCUGGAGUACGGCAAGAUGUGCGUGUUGCCCGCGUGGGUGACGGAGUCCGCCGCGCGCGGAGUCUGUCUCCCGCUGGCGAGGUACCGCGUCGCCGGCGCCUCCACCAGCUCCCCGCUGGCGGAGCACCGCCUGCCGGACAUGAGUCUAAACUUCUCGCGGAUAACAAAUGCAAGGCAGCCAAGCAAUUAUGUGGACGAGAGCAGAACUGUUGACUUGUCGACGAUAUCUGGAGGGAGGAUGAAGCUUUCACAAGACACCAAGAGAACAUCCGACUCGUCGAUGGACAAGGAGAUUGUGGAAGAGUUUGAAAAACUCGACAUGAGUGAUAUCAAGAAGGCUGGACCUAUUUUCGAUGGAUUCUGUAUUUGGUUGACCGGCGUAGAGGGGGCGUGGCGAGAGCGCGCGGCGAGCGCGGUGUCUAGAUGCGGCGGCGUAAGGUACGACGCUGCGCACGCACGCGUGACGCACGUAGUUGCGGGUUCGCGGGUGGCGGCGGUGAGCGCGCGCGCCGCGGCGCCGCACGCGCCCGUACUGUCCGCCGCGUGGCUCGUACGCAGCGUGCGUGCGGGACGCGUGCUAGACGAGACCGAGUACUUAAUGGAAGAGGCCGCGCCCAUAACGCCUGUAAAGAAGAGGCCGCAAGUGGAGGCGGCGUCGCCGAUGAGUCGCCGCAACCUGCAGCUGCUGCGGCCGCCGGAGCCGGUCCCGGUGCCGGAAGUGCCGGAUGUGCCGGACGUGCCGGAUCCCAGGGACGAGAUAGUACACCACUAUUUGAGCCAGAAUGUUCCUGAACCCCGGGAGAAGACCCCGGAGCCGGUUAAGCCUCAGCAGCCUGAUGUCACCGAAGAUCUAGAAGACGAGCCCACUGAGGAGGUGGAACAGAUAUUCAGAGGCAUGAAGAUCGAAGUCCGCGGCUUAGAUGAGGAGUCAGUUAGCGAGAUCGGCGCGGAGGUAGCGGCGGCGGGUGGCCAGCUCACACUUGGCCGGGGGGACGCGGGGGGACGAGUGUUGGUCCCCCUCGACUGGCCCAACGCUGAUGAUGAUUGUGUUACUGUGUUCUGGAUUAAAGACUGUCUCCAACAACAAGAACUACUACCUGUGGAGUACUAUCACCGGCCCGUGAAGUUGCCGCAGUGGGAGGGGUCGAGCGGGGCGGGGCCUCUGGCGGGCGUCGUCGCCAGUCUUAGCACGUACAGCGGCGUCGAGCGAGCGUUCCUUGACGAGCUAGCCAAGCUGUUGGGCGCUAAGACGCAGCUCCGCUUCUGUCGUCGCAACACCGCCCAGUCGUCUGCGUCCACCCACCUCAUAUGUCCGACAGCAGCGGGCGACAAAUACUUAGGCGCGGUGAAGUGGGGGCUGCCGGCGGUGCGCGGGGAGUGGCUGACGGCGUGCGCGGCCACCGGCACACGAGUGCCCGAGGGACCGUACCUGAUCGGGGACACGAGAGCGCCUCCAUUGCCGCCAACAAAAGAAGACCCCGAAAUAACUUUAGACAAGGACGUCUCGGAGAAAGACAAGGACAAGACAACAAAAGACAUCACAUCGAAAGACAAGGAAAAUGUUAUUCAAGACAAGGAUGGCAUGAUGAAAGACAAGGAGAACGCUAUGCAGCCUCCGCUUCGUGCUGCGCCGCGCUCCUCCGCGGCCAGCAGAGAGCACACGCCUAAAGGCAAGAUGAGUAAUGACGACGAGAUGUCGCCGGCGUCGCGGUACAUAGCGAUGGCGCGACAGGGCCUGCUCGGCGGCGACUCGCAGGAAACACCCAAACGACUGCAGGAGAUCAAAGAUGACGCCAAACAGGAAUGUGCAGUCCGCACACCGCCAUUAGAAGACGCGUUAUCGACGCCCAACCUCAUGGGGUUGAGUCCCACCACUCGCCGGCGACUACAGGCGGUGCGACGCGGGGAAAUGCCCUCCGACCCUAUCAAAACGCCUACAGAUCCAUUCUCAUCGGUGGCGACGCCGGACAGCGCGUUCGGCGCGGCGCUGCGCGCGGGCGACGCGCUCACGCCGGACGCGCGCAAGCGGCUGUGGAGCGUCGUGCAGGACCUGCCCGAGCGCCCCGACCCGCCGCACAGACAGACGCCAUUAUCAGAAAUCCGCAAUCGUUUCUUAGCGCAGUUCAACGGGGACGUGUCGACGCCGCCAGCCGAUCACAGUAAUAUGGCGCCGAGAAAACUACAUUUACAAGAUCAGUUGGAUACACCGCCAGCUAAGAUUGCAAAAGUAUCUGAAAAUCAGAGCGCUGGCAGCAUAUCAAGCGACGAAAGCGUACGUAAGAGCAGCGUGAACGACGCGGCGUUGGCAGGCGUGGACGCGCAGCUGCGGAGACUGAGCGCCGCGCUCGCCGCGCGCACGCCGCAGCGCCGCACGCAGCCGCUGGAGUCCGCGCCGCCAGUGGCGGAGAUAGACACGGCGCCGCAGUCGCAGCCCAACACAGUGGGGUGGGACGACACGACUCCCGAAGACACGCGCGCGGUCACCGUUAUUGACACGCCCCCCGCACCGCCCGCGCCGCACAGAAAGUUCAUGCUGUCAUCCAACGUCGAUAAUCGGGAGGAGAUCACCGCCGCCAUCUUACACCUUGGCGGUUCAGUGAGCGACGCGGCGGAAAUGGAUCCGCAGGCGACGCACCUCCUUUGCGCCGCGCCCGGCCGCUCGGAGAAGAUGCUUGGGUCCAUAGCGGCUGGCAAAUGGGUGUUACACCCUGCGUACGUCGCGAGGAGCAGAGUUGCGGGAAAAUUUCUACCGGAGGAUGAAUUCGAAUGGGGCAAUCCUCUCGCGUCGUGUCUGCCCGCACUAAGCGGAGGUGACGGCGCGCUCGCGCGCGCGGCGCACCGCUGGCGUACGGCGCGCACGCAUUCCCGCCCACCACCGUUCGCGGGUCUGCGAGCGUUGUUGCACGUACCACAGCCCCGAGCAAGGCUAUUCGCGAGGCUGUUGCGUGCUGGCGGUGGAGAAGCGGUGGAAGACGAACCCCCCUACACGGACGACACGAUAUCCGUGUGCUUCGCGGACAUCAAGCGGUAUCCGUUAUCGGACCGUGACACCGCGUGGCUGGUGUCCCAAAGGAUCCCCGUCUGUCCGCCCGUGCUGCUCAGCUCGUACCUUAUAGAUGAGACACCACCCAACCCCAUAGAGCACUGUCUACCCGAGUUUAGACCUAAAUGAGUGGGGAUAGAGUUGAGUUUCUAAUGUAGAGGUGUAGCCAAAGUACCACCCGUGCUGCUAAGCUCAUAUCUCAUAGACGAGAUGAGUCUCUCUUAGGCGGAGGCCUAACACUAUAGAACAUUGCCUUCCCGAGUUUAGACCUAAAUGACGUGGGGAUAGAGUUGCGUUUUGAAUAUAGAGAGUUAGCCAAAAUAUUCAAAGUUUUUUGUAUUGUUUUUUCAAGAAUUGUGUUAAAUGUUGAGGGAAGCUAAAUAAUUAACUGAAAACCUAAAAUAAUAAUAGAAGCACUCUGAAAACAUAACAUGAACAUUGAACCAUUACGGCCGCACUAAGUUAUAUAAUAUUAGUUUUGUGAACGCGCGAUUGUAUCGCUACAAAAAGUCACUGUGAACUAGGGCCCAAAUACUAUAAAACACUGUUUCCCAACCUGUGAUCCGUGGGCCCCUGGAGGUCCGCGCCCAUAUGUUUGGGGGUCCGCGGUCUGGACCAUACAUAAUCCAUUUUUGUUGUUGGUGUUCAUUUUAUUAAGGGGGUCGUGUGUUUGAGUUUCUACUUCAUUGAGGUCCGUGGCUGAAAAAAGUUGGGAAACACUGCGAUGAAGUAUAUGUUUACGCGUCGCUUAUCCUUCUAGAAUCUAGUGACACCAAAAAGCUCAAUGUAAUCCAGACAAAUUCAGACUGAAAUCCGUUUUGAAUUUGGUGCCUUUUAGCUUUAGGUUAUAAGUAUGACUUAGUAUGUAAACUAUAUUUAAAUAACUUGUAUUAAAUAAUUUGUACAUAAUAUUCA